AUGGCCACCGAGCUUGAGACAACGCAUGCAAAGUACGUCAGCUUCCUCCCAGCGACGGUGGGUGAGUGCGAUGGAUCAGAGCGCGAGUCUCUACUGGCCAUCGACCCAGCUGGAUUCUUCAUACGACACCCGCCAAAGCCACACGAGCUCGAUGCCGACCUCACGGAUGAAUCCCAGCUUUUCCAGACUAUCCAUAUGGGCGCUGCGGUGGUAGAUGAGGGCAAGUGGAAGCUGGUAGUGGACGGCUUGGUCGAGCGACCGUUCUCCGUGUCCCUUGGGCAACUGAAAAGCAUGCCAUCUUCCACUGUCACCGCCUUUCAUGAAUGCUACGGCAGUCCCAUUGCUCCUCCGAUCCACGCGUUAUGGAGGAUUGGGAACGUCAAAUGGACUGGUGUCAGGCUGGCGGAUAUGCUCAAACUGGCCAGGCCAAAACCGACCGCAAGAUUCGUGUGGUCGCAAGGACUGGAGUCCGGCUCAUUUGCCGGGGUGUCCGCGGAUCGGUACGAAAAAGAUCUUCCCCUGGAGAAGGCGCUGCGCUGCGAGGUUCUGGUUGCCUAUGAAAUGAACGGCGAACCACUAGGCAAGAAUCGAGGCGGACCGGUGAGAAUGGUUGUACCAGGGUAUUUUGGCACCAAUAGCACCAAAUGGUUGUGUCGGCUCUCACUACAAGACCAUCGCGCCGUGGGGCCGUUCACCACGACAUUCUAUAAUGAGAUCGACCCAACCGACCCGCAGGGACAGAAGACACGACCCGUGUGGGUGGUUGAGCCCAAUUCCAUGAUCGUUAGGCCCGAGCCGGGGGCAAUCUUGCAAGGACCAGACAUUGACAUCCGAGGCCGCGCAUGGGGGUGCGAAGAGAUCAGCCGGGUCGAUGUCAGCGUCGACGGCGGUGAGUGGUGGCUACCGCAAACACAGGUCACAUUGACAGCACGGAGCGAAUUCGAAUGGCAAUCGUUCCAGGCAAAGGUCUCAAUACCCAAGCCUGGGAAGUACAAGUUGAUGGCGAGAGCGACAGACAAAGCUGGCAUUUCUCAGCCCAUAACGGGAAGAAGAAAUCAUGUGCACACAGUCGAGAUUGAGAUCAUUUGA